UUUCCUGGCAGGGUUGCUCGCGGGAGAUCGGCCGCUCGCACUUCUUCGCAGCCUGCAGCCACUGAGCCACCGAAGAGCUGCCGCUUCUGUUCGAGGGUGAGGUCGAGCCGCCUCUCCCCCCUCAUCCCCUCGAGAUAUAGCUCUGGAGUCCCUAUCUUCCUGCUGCACUCUGCGUAUAUCCAGCUGCCUAUUUAAUGUCUUCACUCUUCGCUCAGAUGUCCAGAAGAAUCUUAACAUGUUCAAAACUGAAUUCCGGAUCUUCAUCCCACCCCCAAACCUGUUCUUUCUGCAAUCCUAUCUUUCACAAAAACAUACAUAGAAGCUUGGGACAAGAUAUUUAUCUGAUUUCUGUGGCAAAAUUAAAGACUUGUCAUGAUAAUGAAGAAAGAAACUGAAUUUGUCAUUUUCACCUAAAGAAAAAUGAUAGACAGAAAUCAAACCUGUACAGGACAGUACUCUAUGCCCUAUAUGAGUUGUCUGAUUCACAUAUUUGAAGAAUGGUUUGGCGUGGAACAAUUGGAGGACUAUUUGAAUUUUGCAAACUAUCUCUUAUGGGUUUUUACACCGCUAAUACUUUUAAUACUUCCUUACUUUACUAUUUUUCUUCUCUACCUUACUAUUGUUUUCUUACACAUUUAUAAGAGGAAGAAUGUAUUAAAAGAAGCCUAUUCUCAUAAUUUAUGGGAUGGCGCAAGGAAGACAGUAGCAACUCUGUGGGAUGGACAUGCGGCAGUUUGGCAUGGUUAUGAAGUUCAUGGAAUGGAAAAAAUACCAGAAGGACCAGCGCUUAUAAUUUUUUAUCAUGGAGCUAUUCCCAUAGAUUUUUAUUACUUCAUGGCUAAAAUUUUUAUCCAAAAAGGCAGAACUUGCCGAGUAGUAGCUGAUCACUUUGUCUUUAAAAUUCCAGGGUUUAGUUUAUUACUUGAUGUAUUUUGUGCUCUACAUGGACCAAGAGAAAAAUGUGUUGAAAUUCUGAGGAGUGGUCACUUGUUAGCUAUUUCACCAGGUGGAGUUCGAGAAGCCCUAAUUAGUGAUGAAACCUACAACAUCAUAUGGGGUAAUCGUAAAGGCUUCGCUCAGGUUGCAAUUGAUGCAGAAGUGCCCAUUAUUCCUAUGUUUACACAAAAUAUUCGAGAAGGAUUUAGAUCACUUGGAGGAACAAGGUUAUUUAGGUGGCUUUAUGAAAAAUUCCGCUAUCCAUUUGCUCCAAUAUAUGGAGGUUUUCCAGUGAAGUUUCGUACCUAUUUAGGUGAUCCCAUUCCAUAUGAUCCAAAGUUAACAGCAGAAGAAUUAGCUGAAAAGACAAAGAAUGCUGUUCAAGCUUUGAUUGAUAAGCACCAAAGAAUACCAGGAAACAUUAUGAGUGCUUUGUUAGAACGUUUUCAUAAAAGUCAAAACAGCCACUAGAAGACGAUUUAAUAUAUUUAUAUUAUUAUGUUUUUGUCUGUGGUACUGUCUUUUAAAUUUUGUAGGUUUCAUAAUUAGUAUUUUUGUAAAAAUCAUGUUAAAAGCAUCUUUUGUUGAACUUGUUUAAAUUGUAACAUACAUUUUGUUUUAUUCAGUGUGUCAUAUUUAAACAAUAACUCAUUACAUGCCUAACAAUUAAGAAAAUGAUCUUGUUUCUUAUAAAUUCCUAAUAAUGUAUGAUAUAGAUUAUUAGAAUUAAGUUUAUUAACAGCAAUUUAGGUUAAACAAACAUU